UGUUGUCUUGAUUCUGAAAUUCGCAAUGCAAGCUUCGAUCUAUGCCAUUUGGAAGGAAAGAAAUUUCUGUCUCCACAACUCUGUCUCCCGACCCUCAGCAUCACUGGUCGAAAGCAAGGACAAUCUCAGGGUUAAACUGGGUUCUCUGUCAUGAGAGCAAAGAAACUUACCAUAAACUGUACUUACGUCUGUAGUCUCCACCUAGUACUUAUUUUGUUUUUGAUGAAGCAGAUCGAUAGGAUAUGAGUUCUAUGAUGUAAAUAUGCGGGUUCAUUGGCAGUUUUUGUACUUUGAUUUGAAAUUUUGGAAAAUUUUAGAAAAAAAAAUUCAGUUGAGGAAAAAUACGUACGCAAAACUUAUAAAGUACUUUAACAACAAAAAAAACUUAUAAAGCAUAAGGACACUGAAUCAAAAUUUAGUAAGUUCCAAAAAUGUGAGAUUUCCUUGUACAAAAGAUUGUGUCGUCAACUAUGGUUGUUUUCAUCUUCUUUUUUUUUGUCGUCGAUUGUUUUCAUUUUUUAUUAUUAUUUGUUGUUUACUUAAAAUAUUUAGAAUAUUAAGUUUAAGAUUUUAAUGUAACUAUAUAUUUUAGUUUGGAUAAUUUAGUCAUUUAACUUAAGAAAAGUUUACUUUUCAAAAGAAAUAAAGUAUAGUGUAUUUUGCAAAAUAAAAUCUCAUUGCAGAGUAUUUUUCCAAAAUUUUCCCUUAUUUUAAAUACAUAAAAACUUAAGAUACGAGUUCAAAUAGGUCAAAAAUAUAUUUUCUAAAUAUUUGGAUGCACAUGAUUUAAUUGGAUUGAGAAAUUGGUUCAUGGAGCUAUCUCUCUUUAGGCAGGUGUCUUGACCAUGUUCUAUAGAACAUUGAUUAGAUUUCUUAAUUAAAAUUUAAUAAAAUCACAAUAUUUUUAUACUACAAAAGCAAAUACUGUGGAAAUGUGUACUAUUGUUACAAAAUAACUAUGACACUAUAUACAUAAAUGAAAUAUAUUAAAAUGAUAAACCUGAAAUUAUAACAUUCAAAUCUUCAUGUAAGCUAUUAAACAGAUUUGCUGUUUAUCCAUUUUAAAACAUCACAUUCUUUUAUUCUUUAUACUAUAGAACAAGGGCUCACCUUAUUGUAAAUCCCCUUUCAUCUUUUGAUCAAUAAAUUUAAUAUUUCAUCAAAAAAAAAUUCCUGUUUCUAUUUUCUAUAUAUUUUAUCUAUUUGCAAUCCUCUCAAUUUAAAUUCAAAUCCCAUUCUACUUUUCUUACUACCAGUUAAACGUUCAUGUUGUAGCAACUUCAAAUUAAUGAAGCUAGUAUAUAUAGAGACGUUAAAAGAAAACGCUUAAUGCUUUUUUAACUCCACACGUUUGAAAUGCUAUUUUCAUAAUGAAUUUAAACAGUUAAUGUAGUAUACUAAAGAAUCUAUUUUAAAUUUUGUUAAAGUGAAAUUCAAGUCUAUUUUAAGAAUAACUAAUCAGUUCAGAUAUGAUAAAAUCAAUCAUUUUCUAUUAAAUUUGAAUCAGUCAUUUACUAAUUAUGCAGAUUUUAGCAGAACUAAUUUAUUUUGCAUCAACGGUUAAGAUUCAAAAUUUAACCACACGUGAGUAAACAGUUAUGACACGAUGCAUCCAUCUCUCUCUCUCUCUUUCUUCUUGUUUCUCUUUAAAGUUUCUUCUUCCUUAAAAUUUUCUCAGAAACAUUGUCUCCGUCAUUUGUUCCUCAGUUUCUAUCAAUCCUCACGGUUCCUCAGGCACUGUACUGGGAAAAUCUCUGUCUUUUAUUUAUCUUCUCCUUCAAUCUCUCACUCCCAAAAAUCCAGUAACUCUUUUUAUUUUAGGGUUUCUUAAUUUAUUUCAUUUUUCUAAAUUGUUAUAUAAUUUCAGGUAACAUCGUCGAAAAUUCAAAGAGAAAGCGAUCAGUGAUCUCGAACGAUUGUGAGAGUGUUGAUCUUGAUUGAGAAUGGCUUCAACACCUUGUGCAGCUUGCAAGCUCUUGAGACGAAAGUGCACUCAAGAAUGUGUCUUUGCGCCCUAUUUUCCACCAACUCAGCCUCAAAAGUUUAUAUAUGUUCACAAAGUCUUUGGAGCAAGCAAUGUAACCAAGAUCCUCAACGAUCUCCCACCUCCAAGCCGUGAAGACGCUGUUAACUCCCUCUACUAUGAAGCCGAGGCCCGUAUCCGUGACCCAAUCUACGGAUGCGUGGGUCUCAUCUCCUUCUUACAACAAUGUCUCAAGAAAAUCCAACAAGAUCUUGUCACUGCUAAAGAAGAGCUUGCUGGCUACAUUGGACCAGAUGCUGUGAAUCCGCAACAGCCUUAUCUUCCUCCUCUAGCCAACAAUCCUCCACCCAAUUUCAUGAUGGCUAUGGAAGGAAUGCCACAUGGAGUGGUCCCUCAAGGAGAACCGUUGAUCAUGCCCGAACCAAACAUGCCUCAGCAUCAACAUCAACCGCAAGAUGAGCAGAUGCAACUCAUGGGUACUGAUGCACAUAGAAUGGCUGCAAUGAUUUUGGAGAGAGAAGACCAGCAAGGGAUGUUCAAUGGUUACGGAAUAGACAACAAUGGGUCGGUUACAGCCACUGGCUUUAACCAGAUGGAUGUGAAUGAUCACACGUCUGGUGGGUCGAUGUCUGGACCAUCUCUUGCUUUAGGAAGCUUUGGUGAUGCUUAUCAAAUGGGUCACGAGACAGAGCAUCACAUCAGUCAUGAUCAGCUUCAGACACAGCUUAUGCUUCAGCCUCCAUUACAGGAAGGUCAAGAGAAAAAUGAAGGACAGUUUCUGAUGCAGCCAAUGGGACAAGAGAAUCUCCAUGAAGAAGAGGAUGAGGAAGAGCUUGAGCCGCCGGUUAAGUGGAGGAAAUCUGAGAGCAAGGAAGCUAGUUAUUAAUUAAGACCAAGAAAAUAAUACAUUUAAUUUUCAUCUGAUGGAUAGUUACUCUUGAGGGUCUAAGUUGCUUUUUUUUUUUUUUUUUUUUUAAUUUUAAUAAAGAGCAUUAUUCAUUGAUUGCAUCUACAGAUUCAACAUUCUAAAGCUGAAUAUGCAUCAAUUUUUUUUAAUCAGUGACCAAUUCUGUAUUUCUGCAGCCAACCAAGGCAAGCAAAUGAGCAUAGUAACAUGAAACUCAAAGACACUGUGGUAAAGAGAGUCUUUUUUUUACGUUAGACCACACAAUUGCAUUUCAGCUAGGUGAGGGGGCAUGCAAAUCACAGAAAUGCGUUUCAUGUGUUACAGAAAUUACAUCUCUCGAAUAGCUUCUAAAUGGUAACUCAACAACUAUAAUUAAUUUACUAGAGAUUGAUCCGUACCCCGGCGCAUGUAUUGGUUCUUAGAUUUUUAUACAUUGAUAUUUGUUUUUCAUAAAUAAUAUUAUAUAUUUUAAUGAGUCGUAAUAUAACUAAUUGUAUUCGAAAUACUUAGACAGAAUAAUGUAAUAUGAUUAUUUUUGGUACAAAUAUCCAAACAUGUUUCAUAUACUUACACUUGUUAUUUAGA